GUUGUGACCAAAGCUGUGAGGGACAGUUGGUACCUAUGUUGUAAUGGAUGGAAAGCGCUACCCAAUACAGACACACCGGUACACUAAUCAGACAACACCAAAGUUUUCUAUAUACUCUAUAUUUGCCUCUGCAGGUUCAUAGAGAAUCUUUGUCUUCACCGCCGCCUCUAUCUCCACAGUAUCGUCCCCAUAUCCAGCCGCAGGCGCGCGAAUGAGGUUGAAGCCGGAAAAUAUAUCAUAAUUUUCGCUCUCUGUUUCUCCGUUCGGCUCUGUUGAUGCGGGGUACCAUGUUGCUUUCCCCAUUUUUCCCAAGCCAAUUCUCGAUUGUGGGGUAGCGUACCUGCAGAAUGAACCCCCUCAUGUUCAAGCCAAUCAGCUCAGAUGAAGCCGAGACCUAGUUGGUGGAGAGGUAUGGGUUUCUUGUGUGCUAUAUAUUAAAACAAAUCUCUUUAUAGAAAGGGUUGGAAUCUUUUCUAUCCCAUUCCUUUGGAGAGGCAGUUUGGAUAUUGACAUAUUUACAAUGAGGCUCUCCUACUACCUUUCCUUCCUGUCUCUCUUGGCUUGGAAUGCGGCGAGCCAAGAUGAAUGGCCAGUACACGAUAAUGGUCUGAAUCAAGUGGUACAAUGGUACUUAAUUCCCAGGGGUAGCAUGGUGAUUGUUGCCAGAGAAUUAAUUAUGCGACUUUAGGGAUCACUACAGUUAUAUUAUCAAUGGGCAGAGGCUGUUUGUUUGGUCUGGAGAGGUUAGCCAUUAUUUUCCACUCAACGUGUGUAGGUUCUAACACUUACAGUUUCGUAAGGAUUUUCAAUCUUUCUUCAUAAACAGUUCUCUUUUUGUUGUCUUUUGAUUCUGCGCACGAAAAUUUGGUGGUAAAGACCAUAUGUAUUUUGGUAAAACCCUGUAAGGUGUUUCGACUGAACGAUUUGUUUAGACUAUUGGAGAAUUCCCGUUCCCGAGCUUUGGAUUGAUGUCUUUCAGAAGGUUAAAGCGGCAGGGUAAUACAUUCCCAGCCUAUAAAGUACACUUUUCUGACGCCAGUAGCUUUAAUUGCGUGAGCUUCUACUCACACUGGGGUAUGCUUUACUUAUACUUACCUAUCCAUUCUUGGAUGACUGGGACUGACCAAGUCAGGUUACCACAGUCCAGCAGAUGGUGAUCUCGAUUUCGAAACCGCGACGCGCGAUUUCACCAAACUCUUCGAGAUAGUUAAAGAAGUUGGGCUAUACGUGCUCUUCCGCCCAGGUCCUUACGUCAACGCAGAAUCCAAUGCUGGGGGUUUUCCUGGAUGGCUAACCACUGGGGCCUAUGGUACUCUUCGAAAUAAUGAUUCGAGAUAUACCGAUGCCUGGACGCCGUUCUUUUCUCAGAUCUCCAAGAUUGUUUCCGAACACCAAGUUACUAACGGAGGUAACGUAUUCAUCUAUCAAAUUGAGAAUGAAUACGGAAAUCAGUGGCUUGAUGCUGAGAAGAAAAUUCCAAAUCCGGCGGGCAUAGAAUACAUGGAACUUCUCCAAGCUUCGGCACGAGAAAAUGGAAUCGAUGUUCCUUUGAUCCAUAACAACCCAAAUAUGAGAACAAAAUCAUGGUCGAAAGACUAUAGCGAUGAAGGUGGAAAUGUGGAUAGCUACGCCUUUGACCAUUAUCCCUCCUGUUGGAGUUGUGACUUAAGUGAAUGUACAGGGACCAACGGAAAUGUGCCUGAUUUCACUCUUUAUGAUUAUUUCACAAAUUUUAAACAGGUUUCGCCUACUCAGCCAUCGUUUUUAGCCGAAUUUCAAGGCGGGAGUUACAAUCCUUGGGCAGGUCCGGCUGGUGGAUGGUUAGUGUCUCCCGAAAUUCUGUAUUUUACAGGUCAAAGCUGACAGAAUUAGUGUGAACAAUACUGGUCCGGACUGGGUCAAUGUUUACUACAAGCACAAUAUUGCGGAGAAGGCCACGGCAAUCAACGUAUACAUGGUAUUUGGAGGAACUAAUUGGUAAGCGUUAAUUCCGAAUCUAAUUGGAGGCUUGUUCGCUAACUUCUUAUCUGCAGGGGUACGAAGUCCAUUUUUAGCCCUCCUUGGAGCCUUUGA